UCAUUGUGCCGCUUCGCGACAAGCCUCCGACGCCCUUCCAGUUCUCAUCAGAUGGUCGGUCUUUAGUCGCGCCGUCACCACUACCACACUGCCUCGAAGGGGCAUGAAGAUGGCCCGGGAGAUCAUAGUUCAAUACUACUCCCGAAUCUAAACUGUGGUUGUAUUUGCCAGAAACUGGUGCCCACCAGGGCGUUUCUCGCGCCGCAGUCCUGAUUGGAACUUGAUCACAGCGGGCCUCACCACCAUCUCAGAUCGCGAACUCAAAUAUCGAACCGUCACAACCCGACCCUACGCCUCACCCACGUCAUAUCUGCGACCCAACUCAAACUCCGCGAUCAACCCCGAUUUACAUGGUCGCUGUCGCCGCAAUGCCUGCGGCGGGAGAGCAUGUCGCUGUUGGCAACUCGUCCACUCUCAAGGCGCCUGUUCCGCGAUCGUUCAAGGCAUCCGAUCUUCCGCUCUCCUCUGCCGUCCGCUCCGCUGUAGACGGCCUCGCACACGGCUUCAAGAAGAAGGGUGGUUACGAUUCCAUUCGGAAGCAAGUUUGGGAGAAGUUCGAGGCUAGCGACUAUGAGGCACAAAUCACAAAAGCCAUACUCGAAAUUGCCGAGAAAGAGAUAGAGCGCAACCCAUUGCAGCUUCUCACAAUCGACCGCGGGAAGGCCGCAGCCCUUAUCGACGGCGCCGUGGACCGUAGCGAUGUCUACCAAAAAGCCGAGUCCCUAAUCGAAAGCUUGAUCGAUUCCCGCGCAAUCGAGGACAAUAUCCGCGAACUCCGCCGUGCCGAGAUUGGCGACGAGGCCGCCGCCGCAGAGCAGGUGCGCGGGUCCAAGACCGACGCCGAGUAUGCAGCCGACCGGGCCGCCCGCCAGGCGGAGCGCGAACGGGUGAGGGAGGAGCUCCGCAAGGUCGAGCUUGAGAAGUGGAAGCUGAAGCAGGACAUUCUUCAGAAGGAGGAGCUGCGAAAGCGCGAGGAGGAGCGCGCCGCCCGUGAGGCCCGCAGGAAGGAGGAACGCGAGAAGGAGGAGCGCCGUGAGAAGGAGCGCGAGGAGAGGCGCAAGCAGCGCGAGCGCGAGCGGAGCAAGGAGCGCCGCGAGAGGAGCAAGGAGCGCCGCGAGAGGAGCAAGGAGCGACGCGAGAGGCGGGAUCGGGAGAAACGGCGAGAGAGUCAGGAUGGUGUACGUGACCGCUCCCGCCACCAAGAGAGGUCUCGUCAUCGCGAUCGAUCUCGUCAUCGGGACGGCUCUCGGCAUCGCGAUAGGUCUCGGCACCAUGACAGGGACCGGGAUCGGGACAGGGACCGUCAUCGCGAUUCUGAGCGUGAGCACGACAGGAAGAAGAGCUCCAAGGAGGAUGGCCGCCGAGAGCAUGGUGAACGGGCCAAGAAGGCACUGUCCAAAGAAGAGCUCGAGCGCUUAGAGGCGCAGGCGAUGGAGGACCUGCUGCGUGAGAGCACGACGGAUACACCCAAACAGCCUGAGCUAGAGAUGGACGAAACGCUUGCUCCGCCCCCAAGGAAAGCAAAGCCUGCAUCUGCCAUUUUCGUGCGCAAAGACUCGACGGUCGAGACCAAGGCGACUCCGGAGGCGAAGAAACCGCUCACCCCUGCCCCCAAGCCCGAUAUAAAGGCUCCAAAGGAACCAAAAUUGGCUCCGGAGGUGAAAAAGCCAACCACGCCUGCGCCGAAACUCGAUGCGCCUAAGCUUGGGGUGAAGCCUGUCAAGGAUUUUAAGGGGGUUGUCGAUAUCUCAAAGCCACCUACUCCAGCAUCCAAACCGGAGCCCAAGGCCGUGAAGGAGUUGAAGAUGAGCUCAGAUCCAAAGCCAGCCUCGGUGAGCAAGGAUCUAGCCGUUAAGAAAGAGACAGUCCCAGGAACCCCUCGGGAUGACUCUAGCCGGCCUCGGAGCCCCAAGCGUGCAUCUGAUUGGGACAAAGAGAAGGAGAAAGAGAAGGACAAUGGAGCAUCCACAAGGCCCCCCAGUCGUCAUAGGGAUCGGAGCCGUGAGAGGGAUGGGGGUCGCGACAGAGGUCACAGCCGCGAUAGGGACCACAGCCGCCACUCUCGGACUUCACGCGCAGACGACAGGCGACGCAGGGACCGCAGGUCAAACUCCCCGAGGAGCAGGCGCGAGAGCCGCGGCUACCGGGAACGAAGCCGGUCCAGGGCAAGACCGGACCGUCGCGACGACCGGAGAGAUGGGAGCAAGUCUCGCGCGCGGGGCGAUCGGCGAGAUGACCGGCGGGACGAGCGCAGGGAUAGAAGUCGCUCGCGGCGGCGUGAGCGGAGCCGCUCUAGAGCGCGUUCUGCUAGGCGGACAGCUCGCAGCAGCUCCAGGCACGUUGGUUCGGAUAGGCGAGACAAGGACCGAGCUGUGUCUCCGACUCGUUCUAUCCGGCGGCAGCGUAGCCGAUCUCGAGCGAGAUCUCCCAGGCGAGACAGGAGCAGAUCUCGGGACCGAGCACGGCCACACCGAGACCGUACACGAUCGCCAGCUCGACCUGACAGGCGGGAUACGGACCGGAAGGGCGCCGACAAGAGGGAUGGCGACAAGAUGGACAUCGACAGGAAAGCUGUCGAGAAGAAUGCCGACAAGAUGGAUAUCGACAACAAGGUUGCUCCCAAGAAGGACGCAAGCACUAAGGAACUCGGCAAGGACCUUGACCGCAAGGUGGCCGAUAAGAAAUAUGCUGAGAAGAAGGAGCCGGUAGAGAGUCGGUCGAGGAUCGAGCUCAAGACUGCUGUAGAGACCUAUGGAUCCCUUGGAACGAAGGCGGGGGAUAAAAAGGCUGCUAGCGAGAAAGCGGCUCCCAUCGAUACGAAGACGGUUGCGGCCAAACCCAUCUCAUCUGCCAAGGAGGUGGACAAGCGCGCUGUCGACAAGGACAACAGCGAGAAACGGCCUUCGAGCCACAGAGACCGGAGUAGAUCUACCGGUCGGUGUGGCAGAAGCAGGGAACGCAGCCGCUCCCCCCGACGUCGGCCCUCGUCGGCCUACAGACCACCCGCCGGUCUCGAUAGGGAUGGAAAGGAGGAGUGGAAACAGGAGGAGGUCCGGAAGCGUGAAAAGGAGGCCAAGGCAUAUCUCGCGGCCCAGCGAGAUGGCCGAGGCAGGGGUAGCCCCCGUGGCCGAGACAGCUCCGUCUCUAAGCUAGACGACGCGCGGCCCAGCAUCGGCGACCGCUCGCCCGAGAUUGAUCGCUAUGUACCAUCUGACCGGCGCGGCAUCGACCGACGCACGGUAGCCGACAGGGAUCGCGACCGAGACCGUGAUCGUGACCGUAGCAAGGAUCGCGAGAGGGCUCGAGAUCGAGACCGGGACCGAGAUCACUCCCGAGAUCGCCACCGAGACAGGGACCGAGAUCGGGAUCGCGAUCGCGAUGAUAGGCGCGACCGACGCCGCAGCCGUUCCCGAAGCCGCAGCCCACGCAGAGAUCGUGGCACCGACAGCUAUCGCGACCGUGACCGAGACCGCCGUGACCGCGAUCGCGAUCGUGAUAGGGACCGGGACAGGGACCGCCACUCGCGCCGAGAGCGGUCCAGGAGCACCUCGGUCAGGCGGCGCCAUCGGGACCGCAGCCGGAGCAGAAGCCGUCGGCGGAGCCGCAGCCGGGGCUAGAAGCCUCGGCGCUCCAGCGGCACAACCACUCCCACCGCCACCACGGCCGCCGCGAGGUCGAGGCUUGCUCCGCCCGCACCCUCCAUUACUCCCUUCGCCAUCCCCAUCUUCCGGCCUCCUCCCGCACCGAUACCGACUGGUCCCCGCGCCAUGGCACAGAUGUUCCUGCCCGAGAUGAGUCUGCAGGACCGUAUCGUCAUGGGGCAGCGGGCUCAGUCGCAACGCCUGACCAAGCCCCGGGGCGGGGUGCAAUAGAUGAUUGGCGGUAUGGGCUUGCUGGGAAUAUGCUACAGCCCUCAAUCAGUUGAGACGGCGUCUUUUUUUCUUUUCUUUUUCUUCUUUUUUCCCCCCCUCUCGUUUGUUCUUGAACAUGGGGUCUCUGGUGCAUUGUAAGACUACCGAUUACCUUCGUGAGCUGUGUGACAGAUCUUUGUCUGCGUAUAUAUUGCCUUGUCAGUCACCCGGACACCCAACAAUCUGGCGUCAAUUCGUGAGGAAAUUGACAUGAUACCCCUUUGUUGGCAACUAUACUGUACUAUAUACCAUAGAGUAGGUUGUUGUGUGUGUGUGUAAAACUUUUUGUCGGAGCCGAUGUUCACUUACUUGACCACGACUAAACGUCUGAUGGGGUCUUGGAUUCUGUCGUGCCCAGCAAAAGUCACUCGCAACGCAGACCGACGUAUGUGUCCAAACUCCGUGUUUCAACGAUGUCUAUUGCUCUCUUUAAACGCCUAAUUCGCC